GCUUCUGCAAUCUCGUUCGACUUCGUGUUCUCAACUCGUAUUUAAGCACUAAUCUGCUCUUUCUCUUGCCGGAGUUACCUACCGAAGGAGAUUAAGAUGGCAAGCGAAUGGAUCCCUGUUUUCUUGGUCGAUGCAAUACUUACGAAGUUAGCUUCUCUUGCUCAUCAAGAAAUCAGUUUCGUCUUGGGACUUAAUGCUGAAAUGCGUAGGCUCGGUCAAUCGUUAGCUUUUGUUCAAGAUUUCUUAGGUGAUAUUGUUGCCGAACAACCAUAUGAUCGGAUCAAGUCUGUGGAGGACUGGGUGAAGAAACUUCAAUACCUUGCUCAUGAUGCUGAUGAUGUCUUAGAUGAAAUGGACUAUGAAGUUAUCCGGCGUAAGGUAAAAUUCCAAAACCAAAUAAAGAAAAAGGUACUCGGCUUCUUGUCUGAUUCCCUUACCAUUUUUUUUCGUCGAAAAAUGACACAUAAAAUUAGGAAAAUUAAUGAAUUUUUAAUGGAAAUCGAGAGUGUGGCAUCUUCCAUUGGCUUAGUUGCAAAAAAAAAAGAUGCAACCCCUCAAGUAAUUAGAGGGGACAGAGAAACCACCUCAUUCAUUAAUGCAGAUGAAAUCAUGGUUGGAAGGAACAAGGUUGUGUCCAAUAUAGUUGAGACCUUAAUCAACUCCAGCAAUCAAGAAACAAAUUUUAUUUCAGUUAUGGCCAUUGUCGGAAUGGCAGGCCUAGGAAAGACAGCUGUGGCUAAGGCAGUAUACAAUGACGCUGCUAUAAGCAAACACUUUCAUGUGAAACUAUGGGUGUGUGCAUCCAGUAAUUUUUCUGUCAAAUUGAUUUUAAGUCACAUCUUAGAAAUGCUUAACCCAACAAAGGUUAUUGGGAGACUAAGUCUGGAGGAAUUGCUUGAAAACCUCCGAAAUGAAUUGAUGGGGAAGAUGUAUUUUCUUGUACUUGAUGAUGUUUGGAAUGAAGAUCGUGAAAAAUGGGCAUUUUUGAAGACUUGUUUAUCAAACAUUAAUUCUGCUGAGGGGAGCAAAAUUCUUGUCACCACCCGCAAUGCCAGAGUUGCAUCUAUUACAGAAACACUUCCAAGGUGUAAUUUGCAAAUUUUAGCAGAAGAUGACUGUUGGUCAAUAAUGAAAGAUUUAGCAUUUCCUUAUGCUAGUGCUCACAUAAGUCCAGAUCGAGAGAGAAUUGGUCGGGAAAUUGCCAAAAAAUGUGCAGGCGUGCCCUUAGUGGCAAAGGUUCUGGGAAUGAUGUUGCGUUCUAAGACGACUAUUCAUGAAUGGUUGUUAAUUAAAGAAAGUAAAAUAUGGGCGUUGCCAGAAGGAAAAGACGAAAUCAUGUCAGUCUUGAAGUUGAGUUUUGAUAAUUUGGCACCUUCUUUGAAACAAUGUUUUGCAUAUUGCUCAUUGUUCAUGAAAGAUUUUGAAAUAGAAAAAGAUAACUUGGUUCAACUUUGGAUGGCUCAGGGAUUACUAGUCCCCCGUCCUGACACAAGUAAUCUGGACAUGGAGGAUAUAGGCAAUGAAUAUUUUGAUAUUCUGUUAAAGAGCUUCUUCUUACAUGCUACUGUGGAUGACUAUGGCAUUAUUACCAAAUGCACCAUGCACAAUCUUUUCCGCGAUCUUGCAGAAUUUGUAUUCAAAUCCGGAAGCUGCAUGGGAGACUACCAUAGGUUGGAUGAUACACUUGAGAUUCAACCUGUUGCUGGGGUUUCUACUUCCAUACUGGAAAGAACUCGAGAAAGUAGCAUUGGUAGAUUGCGCUCACUAUUUUUACAUGCCGAAGUCCCUAGUAACAUGCUUCAAAGGUUUAAAGCUUUACGUGUUUUAAAUUUAUUAAAGGCAAUUAUUGAGGAGCUUCCAGCUUCAAUUGGAAAGCUGAAAUACUUAAGAUAUCUUGACAUUUCCGAAACAAGAGUCAAAACACUCCCUACAUCUGUUGGCCAGCUUUUUAAGCUACAAACCUUAAGAGCGAUGCGCUGUGCUCUUGAAGAGUUUCCAAAAGAAGUGCAAAAUUUGAUCUUCUUGAGACAUGUUUAUUUUGAUAAGAAUAUGAAAUUUCCGCUUGGGAUGGGGCGAUUGACAUGCCUCCAAACAUUACCUCACUUUAGUGUGGGUGAGGGGAUGGGUUGUGGAAUUGAGGAGUUGGCUGGCUUGUACCAAUUGAAAGGUGUAUUGAGUAUUUAUAAUUUGGAACAUGUAAAGGAUAGAGAUGAAGCAAAGAAAGCAAAAUUAGAGGAGAAGAUAAACCUACGCCAUUUGAUAUUUGUGUGGACGAAAGAUAGGCCAACAACGAACCACAGUGAGGAGGAUGUACUAGAAGGCCUAGAACCGCAUCCAGGGUUGGAAAGCCUAAAGAUUAAACAUUUCAUGGGUGCUAAAUUUCCAUCAUGGAUGAUGAGCAGGUCGUUAUCGCUCAACAACUUGAAGAAGAUUGAAUUACGCCAGUGCAACAAUUGUGAAGGAGUCCCAGCACUUGGUCAUCUACCUAAUCUUAGAGAUAUUGAGAUUCAUGGAAUGGCUAACCUAAAAUGUGUUGGACCUGAGUUUUAUGGUUAUGAUCUUGUUCACCAUGCAGCCACCGCAAGUAAGGAGACGAUAACUUUAUUUCCGGCACUGAAAAAAUUAACCAUUGAUGGGUGCAGUCAGUUAAUUAAAUGGAAGGAAGCACCCGUGAUGUCCAUAGAAAAAGUAGUGGUGUUUCCAUGCCUUGAGGAGCUCCAUAUUCGGAGUUGUCCCAAAUUGAGAAAUGUUCCCAGUCACUUUCCCUCCCUCCAAAAGUUGGACGUAUCUUUUGUUGAAAGGACCAUGCCAAUAGAAAACAUAAGCAACGGACUAUCGACUCUCACUUCCCUCAGAAUAAAUGCUAUUAAGAAGCUUACUUGUCUGCCGCAAGCGAUAUUGAAGAACAAUAAGAAUCUCACAUCUUUGGAGAUAGAAGAGUGUGAGAACUUAACUUGUAUUGCCCCUGAUGUAUUUGGGUGUGGCGCAUAUCUUCGUGUGCUGGUUGUAAAAUGUUGUGGACAGCUGAGGAAUUUACCCGAUGGGCUAGACACACUUCCCCUUCUUGAGGAGCUGACUAUAAAGCAGUGUCCUAGUCUCAAUUUCAUUCCAAUUACACAAGGCAUCACAUGUCUUCGCAAAUUGAGGAUUGAAUGUUGUGAAGGAUUAUCAGGCCUACCAAGUUUGCUCGAAAAUUGCGAGUCUCUUGAGGUAUUAUAUAUAUGUCGCUGUAAUUUAACAACCAUAGAUCCAUUUACACACCGCGGGGCUAAAGAACUGCAGGUUGAAGUUGUAGAUUGUGAUAACUCUUUAGCUCCUCCUACUCCUGAGGAGUUGACUAUAGAGCAUUAUAAUAGUCUACUAUCUUUUCCAGCUAUACGCAGUUAUACAUCCCUCCGUCGAUUGAGAAUUGUGAAAUGUGACGGAUCAGAAAGCCUAUUGAGUGGGCUAGAAAUCCUUGUCUCUCUUGAGGAGUUGAAAAUCAUUGAUUGCCCUAAUCUAGAGACUAUUCCCAGUCUAGACAACCUCACAUCCCUUUGUUGGCUGGGGAUUUCUAAUUGUGGGAAGUUAAAGUAUCUUCCUGAAGAGCUACAAAUCCCCGUCUCUCUUAAAGAGUUGAGAAUGGAUAAUUGCCCUAAUCUAGAAACUAUUCCCAGUUUACACAACCUCACAUCCCUCCGUCGGCUGGAGAUUUCUGAUUGUGGGAAAUUAAAGUUUCUUCUGGCAGGGGUACAAAUCCCCGUCUCUCUUAAGGAGUUGAGAAUAGAUAAUUGCCCUAAUCUGGACCCUGUCCCAAAUGCAGACAACCACCUCACAUCCCUACGUCAGUUGGAGAUUUCUAAUUGUGGGAAACUAAAGUAUCUUCCAACUGGGCUACAAAUCCCGGUCUCUCUUGAGCAGUUGAGAAUAGAGAAUUGCCCUAACCUAGAGACUGUUCCAAAUGUAGACAACCUCACAUCCCUCCGUCAUUUGAAGAUUCAGAAAUGCGAUGGAUUAACAAGUCUACUGAGAAAGUUGCCAUCCUGCACAUCUCUUGCGCUUUUGUCUAUUGAAUCCUGCAACAAUUUGAUCUCAGUUGCGGAAGAUGUAUCCAAGCUAUGUUCUCUUUCCUCAUUAAGGAUAAAAGAUUGUGGCAAAUUAAAAUAUUUUCCGAGAGGGCUUCAUGGGCUCACUAGUUUGAAGGAAUUGGAAAUAGGUGGUUUCUGUAAAGAACUUGAUUCUCUGCCCGAAGAAAUCAAGUACCUCCAUUCUGUGACAUCUUUGUCUAUACAAUCUUUUAAUGGCGUGGAGGCUUUGCCAGAGUGGUUUGGUAACCUUACAUCUCUUACCCUCCUACAUAUAGACAGUUGUGAGAAUCUGACGUAUCUGCCUACAGUCAAAGCUAUGCAACGCCUCACCAAAUUACAAACACUACGGAUUGUUAGAUGUCCCCUUGUAAAGGAAGGAUGCAUUAAGGACAGCUGGUCAGAAUGGCACAAGAUUUCUCACAUUCCAGAAAUCAGAGUUUUUGAUUGAAGCUGGGGAUACCUCACAAAACUGCCAGAGUUGAAUAUUCAUGUUUGUCACGUUUCAAGAGAAGGGUGCUAACUGCUGAGGGAAGUGUCCCAGUUGUGCGAGAUCACUUUCAUUCAAGUCAUUUGUACAACAGAUUCCUAAUUGCUUGAAGUUUUGUGUUAAAGAAUUCUUUCAUUCAGGAUUGGCUAUCUGCUUCAAUCUCAUCAGUGGAUUCUCUUCAGUUAAAAAAGGAUUGUGGGCUAGCAAAUUUUCAGUUUUGUAAGCAAUUAAUGGAUUGGAGGAUUUACCAGAGGAUUUACAGUACGGUCAUUCCUAUGGCCAUUCCUUCAAUACUUUCUCUCUCCGGGCAGAAUGGAUGGUCUGGUUCCUGCUCGGUUGUGGUCCGACAUGUUGAUCAGUUGAAGAACUAUGUAUUUGUAACUAUGAAAGUCUGAAGUAUCUAGCUACAAUAGUAUCUAUGCAACCGCUACUAGAAUAUCUUCCACUUCACACCAUUUUCAUAAGUGUCCAUUGAUUCAUGGCAC